CUUCUGACAGGAAGUUAUCUUCUCUGUGUGGCACUCGGGGGUUAAUCGUCUGUAACGACGUCAGCGGGCGCGCUCCUUGGCUGUGCGUGUGUUGCGCGCACAGUGGGAGGUGUGAGAAGAGCGGUGCAGGCGGCGAGGACUGUAACGUACGUGUGAGCGGAAUGUGGCUGCAGCUCGGGAAUACGAUACAUGGAACUAUGCAUCACAUUGACUCUUGGAAUUAACAAAACUGGAUUUACAGUACAAGAAUCUGUUGGGACAUCUUUGAGUAAAGUGUUUUGCAGACUCGUACUGCUCGGCAAUCCAGAGUUUUUAACCAAAACAAGUUGUGUCCUAGAAAAGUUCUCUGAGUGCAGCCUGGCGUUCAUGUCAAGAAAUCCCACAAUGGAGGAUCACGUUUACGUCACUUUACUUUGGGUUUUUCUUCUCUUAAACCAUGUUCAAGGUCAGGGUUUGGAUCUGCCUCACCGACCAGCCGUGAAGGCAAACUCAGAAGCUAAGAAGCAGGAGAACGGUGUUACGUUGGCACCAGAGGACACGUUACCAUUUCUGUUUUGUUACUGCUCCGGAUAUUGCCCUGAAGAUGCUAUAAAUAAUACGUGCAUAACAAAUGGCCAUUGCUUCGCAAUAAUUGAAGAAGAUGAACAUGGAGAGAUCUCGCUUACCUCUGGCUGUAUGAAGCUCGAAGGCUCAGACUUUCAGUGCAAGGAUUCACCGAAAGCGCAGUUGCGGCGAACAAUUGAAUGCUGCAGGACCGACUUAUGCAAUAGGGAUUUGCAGCCAACGUUGUCUCCCCUUGGGAGAGAAGAUGGAAUCUUCGGCAGCAGUGCGCACCUUUUUGCCCUCUUAAUAUCAUUAGUUGUCUGCAUGCUAAUUAUCUUCGCCUUCAUCCUCAUCACUUGCAUAUACAAGCAUAAGUUAAAAACCCAGAGAAAGCUUUACAAUCGAGACCUGGAGCAAGACGAGGCCUUCAUUCCAUCAGGGGAGUCAUUAAAGGCUCUUAUUGACCUUUCCCAAAGUUCUGGAAGUGGGUCGGGCUUACCUUUAUUGGUACAGCGUACUAUUGCCAAGCAGAUACAGAUGGUACGGCAGAUUGGGAAAGGGAGAUAUGGAGAGGUGUGGAUGGGAAAAUGGAGAGGUGAGAGAGUGGCUGUGAAAGUGUUCUUUACUGCAGAGGAAGCAAGCUGGUUCCGGGAAACUGAAAUCUACCAAACAGUCCUCAUGCGACAUGAAAAUAUACUUGGCUUUAUAGCAGCAGAUAUUAAAGGUACUGGUUCUUGGACACAAAUGUAUCUGAUAACAGAGUAUCAUGAGAACGGGUCAUUAUACGACUUCCUGAAAUGUGCUACCCUGGAUACAAGAUCUCUACUGAAACUCGCUUACUCUGCCGCUUGCGGCCUUUGCCAUCUCCACACGGAAAUCUAUGGGACACAGGGAAAACCUGCUAUUGCACACAGGGACUUGAAGAGCAAAAACAUUCUCAUUAAAGAAAACUGGACUUGCUGCAUUGCUGAUUUAGGUCUUGCUGUAAAAUUUAACAGUGAUACACAUGAAGUUGAUAUACCCCUGAACACACGUGUUGGCACAAAACGUUACAUGGCUCCUGAGGUUCUGGACGAAAGUCUUAAUAAAAAUCAUUUUCAGGCUUAUAUAAUGGCGGAUAUCUACAGCUUUAGCCUAAUCAUUUGGGAGAUGGCGCGUCGCUGCAUAACUGGAGGUAUUGUGGAGGAAUAUCAGCUGCCUUACUAUGACAUGGUGCCAAGUGAUCCGUCAUUUGAGGACAUGAGAGAAGUUGUGUGUAUAAAAUGUCUACGGCCCACAGUGUCUAACAGAUGGAACAGUGAUGAGUGCCUGAGAGCAGUCUUAAAGCUAAUGGCAGAGUGUUGGGCUCCAAACCCUGCUUCUCGUUUAACAGCAUUGAGAAUCAAGAAAACACUUGCUAAGAUGGUUGAAUCACAAGAUGUCAAGAUUUGACAAAAGUAAAUGUUACAGAGCAAAAGACUCAAGAGCAGAUGGCGAAGUGCGCAGAGGGGGCAGCAGACACAGUGAAGUCUUCCAUUGCGCCUCUUCAGUACGUUUUUGCAGGCUGCUACAUACUGAAGUUUUCCAGUACUCUGUAGACUACAAUGCUGGGUACAUCUCUUCCUCAUUGGGAUCCUCCGUACUCAAGGACAAGGAUAUUUUUGUUUUUAUUUGAAAUUGAGCAUCCCACACUACAAAGCUGCAGUUAAAUAAGUACUGAAUUGCUUAUUGACAGUAUUUUGCUUUCUGUGAAAGCAGUAUCCACAUUUAUGGCCAUUUUAAUUCCCUUGAUGCCCUGUUUAAACUGUAAAAGAAAUUAGUAAGAAAAACAAAAUACAACUCUGGACUUAACUUUGGAUUUAUUCAAGAAUCUGGACGUGUCACAUUCGGAAUCACUUUUCCUACACUUGCACGCACAACGUUAUAUUAUUAUUUUAUGUGCCAGAAGAUAUUUGCCAAUAUCUACUCACUUCUAUUUUUAUUUAAGUCUGAAAUGAACUAUAUAAAGUUGUUAUUUUUAUGCGGAAUGCUACAGGUCCUUUACCAGAAGGAUACAACUUGCUAACUGGAGGUGAGGGGGAAUGUAUGUGCAAUUGUUAUUUUCAGGUUGCAGAUAUUUUCCUCCCUUCGCUGUGGGUUGCAUUGGUUGCAGGCACAUUUUAAUCUAUUGCUGUACUGUUCAGGAUUCAAAUAAUGUCUUAACAUCAUUUUGUAGAAUGUACCCCUUUCUUUGGGCAUUGGUGGCUGUCACGACAUACGAAAACAGUAAUUAUUUUGUGAAAAAAAGAAAUACAAAGGUGUUAUAUUUAAUAGCUAAUUUUAGCUAACCAUUAAACAUAUAACAUUUUUUUCUUUAAGAGACUAUGAUUUUAUUUAUAAUCCUCCUGGAUGACAAAUGGAUGCAUUUUGUCUGCGUUCUUUGUCGCUUGUUUAUUGUAAGAAUACCAAUUGAUUGUAGGGGUGCAGUAGAAAUCACAGCUCCGUUUUCAAUAAUGAAUUUGGCUACGAAGAAUGUUAUUAACAUUGUGUAUACAUUUAGCAAAAAUAAUUAUGUAAUAACUGUAGCUUCUUACACAAAUUUAAGGUAAUAUCUGCAUACUGAAUUUUAACUCCAAUUAAACCUCACAUCUUUUGUUUUUAUAUAAUUGGCUCAUAUCGCACAUUAAUAAGUCAUAUUAUUUUCCUUUACUAUGCAUUUUAUUCCUUACAGAAGUUAAUUAUAUUUUAUGCAAAUAACUUCCCCCUCAAAAAAUUGAAAAAUUACUUUUUUUUUUUUUUUUUUUGUAUUUCGACUUAUGUUUUUCUACAUUUAUCAAUUUGUAUUUCCUUUUGCAGAAAAAAAUAAUACAUUUUUAGCUUUUUAAUAAUCUGUUUUAAGGAGUUUUAUAUCCUUUUUUUUUGUCAUACUAAUAUCUUAUUAAUCUUGUUUUGUAAAUGAUAAUAGCAGUAUGCUUCAUUUUAAAUAUUCCUAGUGUAUAAGGGAAGGAUACAGACAUAUUUAAUGUGCAGUUACCAAUGAAAUGUUUUUAAUCCCUGCCAUGAUGCUAUCAGGUAUUCUGUCAGGGUUUGGGAGUUUAUUUGUAGUAUUUGAAAUAUUUCCCCAAUAUUUUAAUAUUUUUUUUUGUGCGCGCGCAGCUUACAAAUGAAUGUAAGGAUGUUGUUACCUCAUUUUCUUUUAAUCAUUAUCAAUGUGCAUUGUGCCUGUGUUUUAAAAAGCUGCCAUAAAUUGGUACUAUUCUAUUAAUUAUUAGUUUGUUUAAAGGGCCAUAAUACCCAAAUGUUUAAACGAUUAAAAGUGAUGCAGUAUAGCUGUAAAAACCUGACUAGAAAAUAUCAUCUGAACAUCUCUAUGUCAAAAAGAAAGAUAUUUUACCUCAAAAGUUUCUCAGUAGCCACAUCCCAUUGUAAAGGACUUCUAAGCAGCAAAUUAGUAUGUCUGUCCCGGGACAGCGGAAGGAGAGAGCUUACGUGCACUCAUCUUAUUUCCCUAUUCAGCUUAAGGAAGUUUACAAUGAAAUCUCAUGAGAUCACAGUAAAAGAGUUCACUGUUGAUGCUGAUUGGCUGCUGCCCAUUUCUUAAUUUUUUUUUUUUUUUAUUUUUUUUUAACCUGCAGCUGAGCAACAGCCGAGUAUAACUUUUUACACAGAACUUACUCUGCUGAGAUGAGGAGAUUGUGAGGUAAAAUAUCUUCCUUUUUUACAUAGAGAUGCUCAGGUGAUAUUUUCCUGUCGGCUUUUUACAGUUAUACUGCAUCAGUUUCAAGUGAUUUAGCAUAUGAGUAUUAUGUCCAUUUAAGGAAAGUCAUAAUUUGCCUUUACAGAGAACUGGCUUCCUGUAUGUAGUAUGGAUCACUUUUAAUCUGUUUUAAUCUAGCUUAUUGCCAAAUAAUAGGUGGCUGCAAUAGCAUUUGUGGUUUAACCCCCCCCCCCUCCAUUAUCAGUUGACAGUGAAAGUUGUCUGCCAAAUGUAUUUUUUCUUUUGGGUUUACAGAAUAUUUCGGAUGGGCCAGAGACAUUUGUUUUGUGUGACAUCACAAAGAGGAUGUUUUAAAUGUAUAGCAGUUUUUGGAUAUAAAAUAAGCCUUUUGUUUUCCUGCACACCACACACAGUUCUUGCAAGCAUCUUUACCAUAACUUUGUUUAAAUGGAAUAAUCUAUUUUUAACUUGACUGCUGCUGUUUUAUUUGCAUGUUAGAGUUGGAAGUAUACAAAAGUUCUAUCUUGUCUUUGGAAGAGCGCCAAUAAAAUAAAUGUUAAUGAUCGAUUCUACCAUGACAAAGUGGUUAUAUUAAAGCUGUUAAAUGUAUUUUGACACAAAGGAGUGGUAGUUAGCAUUUAUAAACUCGGACAUCUAUUUUUUUCUCUCCAGAAAAACAGUCUGUAAAAUAAAUAAGAAAAUGUAAUGUCCCAUUUAACCUUUUAAUGCUGUUAUGCCGUUCUAUUCCGUCCUAACCGCGCUGGGCUUUAGCACCAUUAGGAUGGAAUAGAAUGUCCUAGCCAUUUUGGCUGUACUGAAGCUAACAGCGCUUCCUGGGUGCGACGGUCUGGAGGGCGUGCCUAGUGUCAUAGCGAUGCCCCCCCUGACCCGAUCCCAUAACUGAAAUCUCAUGAUCUCGUGCACGAUCCCAGGAUUUAAACUUGUCUACACCGGAACGUUGUUCCGAUGUGGACAAGUUUUCCCUGUCAUGAAAAGGUUAAUAGGGUCACUAAACAAUUCUAUAAUUAACCUAGAAUACUUGUUGGGUUUUUUUGCCAAACAUUCUACCCAGCAAGUCAUAUCAGAAAUUAUUUGUUUUUGUGCUAAUGAUGCUUCAUCACACUGAUUAGUACUCGCAAGUAAUUUGUGAUCACGUACUCUAUACAGCUUGCCUUGUUUCUUAAAGGGACAUCAUACAUAUUCUUUAUAUAGGCCUUGCAAAUGGUUUACAGAUAUAGUAUUGGGUUUAAAAGCAUGCACGCUUUUCUUUUUGCUAGCAACAUUUAUACUGUUUAGCAGUCCAUAGAUAUAGCCCUAGAAAACCCUUUUUAUUAUGGCAGUCUGUGACCAAUUAAAGGGACAUGAAACCCAAAAGUUUUCUUUCAUGAUUCAGAUAGAGAAUUACUAAUUUACUUCUAUUAUUAUUAUUUCAGGAUUAUUUUGGGUGAGAGCAGGUAAAAUAAACAUGUUUACUAUUCAGAUGAUUAUUUCACUCUGGCCUGUUAGAGAGGCUUGGCGACGGGCUUGAAAUCCAGUAAUUUAACCUUUUGCAGCAAUUGGGGAAAAAGUCCAGACCUACAGCAAAAAAAAUGAAUAAAGCUGAAACUAGAAUAACAUUUCAGCCAGGUCUUAAUGUUUGUAAAACAGAUUAACAUCUGUUUUACUGCAGUUAUUUUUCAAUAGCCAAACUCUACUCACCAUUUGCCUUAUUUGGAGGAGCCAGUCUGGGCUUUAGUCUGCAGACGGCAAGGCUAGCCAAAGUCAUAAAGUUAGUAUGAAGUGAAUUGUUUUGCUGUUGCUAUCAAAGCUAAUUAGAGACAUUUAUGUAGCAGGGUUAGCCUUAAGUCAGCAGGUGCGUUCUAAAUUUUUAGAAUUAGAAAUUGUUCAAAUUUCAGAGCUAAAUGACAUGAAAAGGGGCAAAGCAAACAAUGAAAAUAUAUUGCAUAGUUGUCAUUAACUCCUUCCUGCCAGGACUCAUUUUACUAUAAACUUCCUAAUGGUGGAAAGGGGUUAAACAUAACUAAAUAUUUUAUAUAAUAAUCUUAAAGGGACAGUAACGUCCAAAUUAAACUUUCAUGAUUCAGAUUAAGCAAUCAUUUUUAAACAACUUUCUAAUUUACUUAUCAUUUUUUCUGGUAUCUUUAUUUGAAAAGCAAGAAUGUAAAGCUUAAGAGCCUGCCCAUUUUUGGUUUAGCACCUGGGUUGCUCUUGCUUAUUGGGUGACUAAAUGUAGCUACCAAUAACGAGCGCUAGUCAGGGUGCUGAACCCAAAAUGGGACGGCUCCUUAUCUUACAUUCCUACUUUUUCAAAUAAAGAUGGCAAGAGAACAAAGAAAAAUUAAUAGAAGUAAAUUAGAAAGUUGCUUAAAAUUGCUGCUCUAUUUGAAUCAUGAAAUAACAAAAUUGGGUUUACUAUCUUUUUAAGGUGCUUACUGUCCGUUUAACUAGUGGCUCCUGUUAAUUGUGCAUAGAAUAUCACAUUUGUAUAAUGAGGACACUAUAGUAUUUAGAACAGAAUUCUUGCCUUUCAUAUAUCCUUAACUCUUCAUGAAACGGUGGCAUUUGUCUUCAAAUUUAAAGGGCCAGUAUACUGCAAAAAUCCUAAUUUUACCUGCUGGAAUGUAUUACGUUGUUUACAAAUAACCUCUUUACUUUGCCAUUUGAAAUAGCCGCAUUUGCCUGUUAAAAUUACCACCUAUAGUGAAAUUUUCAAUACUGCAGCAUUGGUUAUAGAAAAGCUUUAUAAACUAGAGUCAUCAGAGAUCAGCCUUCCAGAGUGGGGGAGGGGGGGUUUGGGAGAGACAAGCCCAUUUGAAAGGGUUUUCCUGCAGCUGUUUUAAAUAAAGGGAAAUCUUCACAGCUGCUUGCCAGAUGAAAUUUUCUCGUUAAUGCUGCAAAGUGCCUUGCUGCACUGUCGUUUUUAUGUCUAUAGCUAUUAAUAAAAUGUUGUCCUUACCUAAACUCUUGCUUAUUAAAGUGGUAUGUAUAUGAUAUAGAUUUAGCUUAAGCUUGCAUAAAUGACGGUUUUAAUUUAUGAUUCAUAAAUUAUACAUGCAUAUUAUUUUCCUACAUUUUACAGAAUUUUGCAAUUUUCUGUUCAAACUGCAUCACACGCUGCAUUCAGACUGUCAGUAUGAGAUCACUACAAAGUAAUAUCAUUGUCUCUGUCGACUAAAAAUACUUUGUGACCAGCCUAGAAGACUAUUCAGUUUGCUUAGAUCUUUAUAGUGUCGGAUGUAUGGAUUUAUCUAAUGUACUGUAAAAUUAGAUCUUGGCUUAAAAAAAAUGUAAACUCCACAGAGGGCUUGAGUGGAAUACAAGCUAAACUAGAAACUAUAAAAAAAUUAUGCGUAUUAAGCUAUAAAUUAUGCAAUAUACACUCAUUUUCACUCUAACUAAAGUGUUUAAUAUAUUUAAUGUUGUUGCUCUUUUAGUGUAUGACCUAAGUUGAUUAUAAUGUACCUUUUAAGGUUUUCAGUUAUUAAUUACCAGAACAUUAUGUAUUUUUACUAAUUUUAAUAAGCAUUUUUUUUCUUUCAGGCAGCAGUAUUUGUGUACUGGUGCCAAAAUGCUCUAUUUACUAGGCAUGAGCAUUCGUCCGUUUCGUUAGCUGCCAAAUGCAGAAGGCGGCGGGCGUUCGCGGCUUUUAGUUCUUUCUGGAGCCGGAUUCCUUCUUGUGAACAUGCAACACACUAAGGUCUAGAUUUGCACAGAUCUCUGUGUGUGGCACUUUCACAAGAAUAAAUGCAGCUGAGAAAAUAGCCGCUUGUGGCUGCCGUCUUCCUGAUUCGGUACAAAACAAUGUGCACAAAUGCACAUAUCUACUAGUGACCCUGCACUUCUAUGUGAGCACUGCUGGUCAUGAGCAGAGACCGCCACUGAUUUUAUUCAGCAGUGUUAGUCGCAUAACAUCUGUUUAACAAGAGCUGCUAAUUGGAUCUCUUUGCUGGGGUUAAAACGCACAGCAGUGCAGGGGUCGCAAGUCUUAAAAACUACAUGCUCUAACAAAUGACAGCAUGUCAUUUUUUGACUAUUAUAUCCCUUUUAAGUACACAACUAUGUUCAUGUAUAGCUAGAAGACCAUAAAAGAUAAAUUGCUUCACAAGUGGGACAGAGUUUAAUUUUGCCGUUUUAAAGAGAGCUAAAACUGAAUACACUAGGUUUAUAAGAAAUGAAUCUGAAACAUUAACUGCUUAAGAAAAUCUGAAAUUCUGCUAAAUUGUGUAUUUGUGUAUAACAGCUGUGAAUUAAUUUCCAGUAAUUGUUCAUAUAGACCGCAUGGUACCAGAGACCGUACGUCGGCUAUUGCUAACAAGCCAGGUUUGAAAAGACUCUAAUUGUUUUCUAAAGAAAAGAAAAUAGUACUCUGUAAAGGUGAAUAAAGUAAGAAAUAAUUCCCUUCUGUCACCUCACUGUAAAUGAAUGGGAUAUUAAACAGCUCUUGCAUUUUUGUAAAAGUAUUUUGUCUCUUUAUAAACAAACUAAAAAUCAAAUUCUGUAACUUAGGUUUUCUUGCAAAUGUUGCAAUUUGCUAAAAAGCAGUGGACUUGCAGCAGUUUAAAGAGAACCUGACUCACAGAAUGUUCUUUUGGUCUCUGUGUGGAGCACAUUUUCUGAUGAUGUGGUGUUUAAUGACUUUAUAACAUACAGAGCGUUACAUUUGGGGGAGGGGGGCAUAUCAUAUACAAUUAACUCUAAAGCUGCCGGUUCUAGUAUGUGCACCCUGCUUAGUACAAAUGCUGCUCCCUAUCUUUAUAUUGGAUAAUUACUUUUUUUUCCCCCUGACAUUCAAUUAAUAUAUCUAUUUUAUUCAGAGCACUCAAUUUCUAAAUGUCCAUUCUAGGAGCAAAGCUAUGAUGGGAUAAUGCACGGUACAUGCACUACAUAGCCUUUCUUUAAUGCAAGAUUAGCACAAAUAAAAAAGGUUUAAUUUGUGGAGCUUAAAGCACGUGCAAGUAAUGCUCGGUUAUGGCCAUCAAGGGUUAAAAUACUCCACUACACUUGUAAUCAGAUAUUCCUAAAACCCAAAGCGAUAAUAGUUCUUGAUUGCUACCUGUAGUAACUACUAAUCUAAUACGACACAUACAUUUCAUUACCACCUCUCGCCAAGUUCAACUCCUUUUAAUUUCAUAGUAAUCAUCUCUGAUUAAUAUUUUAAAGUGAUUUAACAGGUAAAAUAUUGUUGUCUGGAGUCCUCUCCAGCAUGGAAAGGGUUAAAGGGAAUCUCUACUUACCUAUGACAUGUCCCACUGUCUUGUUACCAAUGUAUUCAGUUACCAUUGUAGUUUAAUGUAGUAUAAUUGUAAAUAUACAAUGAAAAGAAUGAUGAAAUAAGCAGUAUGGUUAUUCUAUUGUUAUAUAUAUAUAUAUAUAUAUAUGCCAGAUAUGUAGAGAAACCUUUAAAAAUGUAACACUAAAUGUAUUUUGUACAGCAUCUGGUUUCAAAGGUGCCUUAUAUUAAGUUUACCAUAAAUUGCUUUGUUCUGUAUACAUACUGUCCAAUGUAUUAUUUCUAAGUAAAUAAGCUUAUUUUAGUAA